GCGUGGGGGGAAAGGGGGCGUGGUUUGGAGGCAGAACUCGGGAGCGAGCGCGGCGGUUCUCUUUGGGCCGGCAGAGGAAGCGAGGAGGGCCGCCGAGUCCUGAUGGUGUUGACUGGAAGAGGAAGAGGAAGAAGAAGAAUUAAGUCCACAGACGCUCCGUGACGUCAUCUAAGAUGCACAGCACGCAGAAGGACACCACCUACACCAAGAUCUUCGUGGGAGGUCUGCCUUACCACACCACGGACUCCAGCCUCCGGAAGUACUUCGAGGUGUUCGGGGAGAUCGAGGAGGCGGUGGUCAUCACCGACCGCCAGACCGGCAAGUCCCGUGGAUACGGAUUUGUGACCAUGGCGGAGCGCUCGUGUGCUGAGCGUGCCUGCAAGGACCCUAACCCUAUCAUCGACGGCCGCAAGGCAAACGUCAACUUGGCCUACCUGGGAGCCAAGCCCCGCGUCAUGCAGCCAGGUUUCACUUUCGGAGUCCCGCAGAUUCACCCUGCGUUCAUCCAAAGGCCUUAUGGCAUCCCGGCCCACUACGUGUACCCCCAGGCCUUCAUGCAGCCCAGCGUGGUCAUCCCCCACAUGCAGCCCACCACCGCCCCGCCCGCCGCCUCCUCGCCUUACAUCGACUACACGGGAGCGGCCUACGCGCAGUACUCUGCCGCCGCCGUCAGCGCCGCGGCGGCGGCGGCGUACGAGCAGUAUCCAUACGCGGCCUCCCCCGCCGCCGCCGGCUACGUGGCCACCGCCGGCUACGGCUACGCGCUCCAGCAGCCCCUGGCCGCCGCCGCCGCCCCGGGCGCAGCCGCCGCCUUCGGCCAGUUCCAGCCGCAGCAACUUCAAGCCGACCGCAUGCAAUAGCGGGAUGCUGAUUGGUCGGCUGAGAAGCAGGAAGUAGACGACGACGUAGCGACCAAAAAACGAGCAAAAAGUGCUUUUGUGAUCAUUGAUAAUCAGGGAAAUGUUUGACGUCUGUCAGGAGCCUUCCAUCGAUGCUGACUCCGCCCCUUGACCCCCCGCCCCAGCCUCCUUUGUCCUCCUGACCGACGCAAAGCAAGCAAAUAAACAAAAGAAGAACACAAAGAGGAAGCUGUGUUGUUGUGCUGGGAGGAGGGGCAGGGGGCGGGGCUAGUCGGGCCCCCCCGCCCCCCUCCAAUGCCACACAGACGGAUCACUCUGGAAGGUCGUUUGUUGACUUGUCACAUUUUAAUCCCAAGUUUACAGUCCGACAUGGAGGCCCACACCCCUACACCCCCUUUGCCCCCCUUGCCCCCCUUGCCCCCCUUGACCCCCCGCCCCCGGCCCGUGUCAGCACUUCCGCCUCUUUGCGAAUCUGCCCGGCAACCGCCUGCCUCAGUGCUCGACUCUCCGCUUCCACUACUCUUUACAAAAGUAUUUAUUUUCUUGGAGGUAGUACUGCAUCAACAAUAGUACUGUGUACUCAUCUCAAGGCAUAUAUAUUUAUAUAUAUUUACACUUUAUAACUUAUUCAUUAGCUUUAGCCAUCGCUCUUAUGAUUUAUUAACAUACUCAACCAAAAAAAGUAGCUGUUUACUUUUGAUUUACAACUCUUCAGCUGGUGUUUUUUCCAACUAUAUGUCAGCCAUAUUUCAACCAUGCCAAUUGUACUUCCAUGUGGAAGGAAAACAGGCUAAUAUCCAUUUUGACAAAAGAAAACGUUUUUUCCAACUAUAUUUCAACCAUAUCUCAACUAUAUUUCAACCAUUUUUCAACCAUGCUGAUUGUACUUCCAUCUGGAAGGAAAACAGGCUAGUAUCCAUUUUGACAAAAGAAAAUGUUUUUCCCAACUCUA